AUGGAAGGUAUAUUUCAAUUGCUGGAUAAUUAUUUCUUGACUAAUAAUGCAAAUUGGAAGGAAUCAGUGUGUGAUGUGGAUUGGACAAACAUCAAUUCGUUAGAGCGUCUCAUCUCUGAAACAGAGAAGCUGAUUGUAAAGUAUCCUAACCCCAAUGAUAAGCUUAAACAUGCUAUUUAUAAGGUUUUCGAGGAAGUUUUGAAUAGGUUUCCUCUCUUUUUUGGUUAUUGGAAGAAGUUUGUUAGUGUUGUAUAUCAGUUGGAUGGCUUAGACAAAUCUUUGGAGACGUUGCAAAAAUCUGUGAAUGCUUUUCCAAUAUCGUUAGAUUUGUGGAACGAUUAUCUGGGGAUUAUUUUAGUAAAAGAACAGGAUAUUUCUAAGGCAAGGCUGAGUUUCAAAACGGCUGAGAAAUUGGUGGGUUGUCAAUUUUUAUCACAUACGUUUUGGGAUCUGUAUAUUGAGUUUGAAACGAAAAAUGAGCAGUGGAGGAACCUGUUCCAAAUAUAUUCAUAUCUUUCGAGACUACCGCUUCAUCAAUAUGCAAAAUAUUAUACAGAUUUUAAAGUGUUCCUGAAGGAACAUCCGGAUAGUGUACCUACAGACGUGGGGGACAAUUUUGAUGUUGAUACAAUGUUUGUCCAAACUCAACAAUUGGUCAACGAUGUUUGGAAAUUCGAGUCGCAGAUCACACAAAAUUUUUUUAAUCUAAAUCCUGUUGGGGACGAAGAGUUGAAUACUUGGAAUGAAUACUUGGAAUUUCUCCUGAAAGAUCCUAGAGUUUCCGCAGAAUUGGUAAAGGCGACAUUUGAAAGAGCAUUAGUGCCAUGUUAUUUUUAUGAACAUUUUUGGAACUUUUACGUUUCUUGGUUGUUGAAGAACGAUAAUUCUAGUAGCGUGUCGCAGGUUUUCCACAGAGGAAUCAAGGCACUUCCCGCUGACAAUUUGUCCUUUGCAGAAAGAUACGUCGAAUAUUUGAAGUCGUGUACUAAAAAAGAAAAAGAACGAUAUGCUGAUUUGUACAAAGAUGCAUUGGUAACCUUUUGCAAGAAAUCUCCGAAAAAUACUUCCUUGCUGGUCGAAUACCUUAAUUUGGUCAAGUUAACCGAUUACCCUUCUUCAGUAGACCAAUGCGACAGGGAUAUAUUAGCUCAGCAGAACAACUAUACCAAGUUCUUGGAACAAAAUAUCAACGGAUAUUUGAAAAACUUCAGAAAUGAAGAUCCCUCUCAACUGCUAUCGAUUUUAAAUGAUCACAAUAUAGGUGUCGCAGUAGUGCAGUUGAUAAAGAUGAAUUGGUUGGUGUUAAAAAAUGCAAUGCAAGCUAGAAAGCACUUUAAUCAAUUUAGCAAGUUCCCACAAUUGAAAGCCUCGACUGCAUUUUGGUUACUUUAUUAUAAGUUUGAGAAAGUUCAUAAAAAUUUCACCAAGUUGAACAAAUUUAUAAGUGAGUUAGGAAAUGAGAUAUUCCUCCCAACAACUAUCAUGAAUGACAUUAUCAUUGAUUACCAGCAAUUUUAUUUGAUCAACAGUGAUAUAAAUGAGUAUGAACGCAAAUUGGCUGCUGAUUCUCAGAUAUUUGAUCCUUUAGUUGAUUCAACUUUGAAAAUCAAUAACCCGCAGUGGAAAUCACACAUGAAAACUUCCAAGGACAAGCAUAAAAGCUUCGAGUAUAGAGAAAAUGGGCAUCCAGGAAUAUUCGUUGAUGCUCCAAAAAUUACUAACACUAUUAUAAGCAAAUCCAUCUCUUCGAUGAGAAAACAUGGAACUCAGCCGUUGCCAUCUUUUAGGAAUUUAGAAAAGAUCAACCAACAACCCAAAUACUUAGAUGUAAUGGGAGAGUAUAUAAGUUCUCAAGCAUUACACAAAAAGGGCGAAAAUACAGGAUAUUGA